UCGUCGGGGAGGAGCGCUCCGUGGGGACACCUUCAACAAUCGAUAGCAAGACGUUGAGCCCCGAGAACGUGUGUGAGCGCCUCGUUCUCUCUCAUAUAGACUCGUAACAGCGGCUUAAGAGAGACACACACACAGACACAAUGUGCGGGGGAUUUACUUGCUCUAAAAACUCGCUGUUGGCCCUCAACAUCUUGUAUGUUGUGGUGUCGUUCAUCUUAAUUGGUGUUGCCGCGGCAGCUAAGGCAGCAUCAUUUGUCACCUCCCUCUCACUUGUAUCUGGAAUAAUUGCCUGUGGAGUCUUCCUGUUGCUCAUCUCCAUUGUGGGUCUUAUUGGAGCAAGCAAGCAUCACCAGGUUAUGCUCUUCUUCUACAUGAUUGUUCUGUUUAUAAUCUUCAUCAUCCAGUUUUCUGUGGCAUGUGCUUGCUUAGCCAUUAAUGAAAAUCAGGAAAAGUUGGUUGCCUCGAAGGGUUGGGCUAUUGCUGGGAAUGACACUAGACAGGAUGCACAAACAUUCUUUGGCUGCUGUGGAUAUUUGAGUGAACUGGGAAACGAAACGACGUCUAUGGACCACCCCAGCUGUGUAGCGGUGAAAAUGAAGAAAGGUGGAACUUGUUGCGAUAAAGGUGUUGAUGAUCCCCACUGCUGCAGGGGUGGAAACACUACUACUUGUCACUGUGAAACUUGUGAUGGGCCAAUCCAGGCUGCCAUGUUCAGAGGCUUUAAUCUGGUCGGUGGCAUAGGCCUAUUCUUCUCAUUUACCGAAUUCCUUGGUGUGUGGCUCACGGUGCGGUACAGGAAUCAGCGGGAUCCACGUGCUAACCCAUCAGCCUUCCUGUAGAGUGGUGGGGUGCCUUAAGCCCUUGCUCUCUACUCACUAACAUAUCAGAUUGUUGGUUUCUUCAUAGCUAAAGAGUACCGUUAUCAAAUAGACCCCAGAGCAAACAUACAAAGUCUUCUUCGACAAUGAGAAUUUGCAAAUUGAAUCUGAGGAACAAAUACAGUACAUCACUACUAAUUUAGAAAGGUAUCCAGUUAGUUGUAUUCUUGUAAUUAGUGAUAAACUGGUGUUUUGGGUUAUAUUGCCUGUGUGCAAAGUGUCAUAAGGGAGGUAAAUAAAGAUCCCCCCAUAUUUUUUUCUAAUCAACCCUGUUUUAGAAUUUUUGUAGUUAUACUCUUCCAUGAUUGAUUUAGAAAAGUGGUGAAUUGUGGAGUAUGAGUGUUUCCAGUGGAUAGAAAGUAUGUAUGCAAGCAGUUUCAGAAUGUAAGGCAUAGUUAUUUUCAUAGCUGAAUAGUGUUAAAAAUUUUGUGUGGAUUAAUUUCUCAUCAGUGAGGUAUUUUUGGUAGCCUACAAAAAAAUAUUUAUGUGCAAUGUAUAAGUACCUCUGAUAAUUAUUUAUUACUGAAGUAUUGAAGUGUACUUUGUUUUUCAUCAUAAAUAUAUCUUUAUGCAUUUACUUUAUAAGCUGCAAUAAUAAUAAUUACUAAACGUGCAUUUUUCUCGAGUGACAAAAUUUCUUUAACCGACUGUGUUGGCUUGACAUGAAAUUUAUGCAGGUGCACUGUAGUAGCAUUAAGAUUAGUUAAUGGUGUGGUGAUUCAGAAGAUACAUAAUGUUCAUGUAAAACAUUAUUGAAAGCGACUGUUUAGAGUCGAGCUGGAGACAGUCACCAGCUGUGCGUUAUGUAACUAGUCUUACUUGUACCACUGUAUACCUCUUUCCAGUGCCACAUGUUUAAAGUUAAAUUAUUAAUUUGCACAGCGUAAUUAUGUCCUCUGUUCUUUCCUGUGUUAUUUGUUCUUGGUAUUGGAACAUGUUUGAUCUCUCAAAUUGUUUGAACUACUGGUAAUGAUGUGCACCGAGGAUGUGUCGAGCGGUUUUUUUCACUCCUUAUAUUCUAGCUAUGUUGUUUCACUGGUUUAGCCUUCUCUUAUGUCUAAUGUCUGUCUAUAAAAGUUGAAAGUGGCUGUUCUUUGCAGAAUACCAAGCUGCUCAGUCUGUCAUUGGCUUACAGCACUGGUAGAAUACAUAUACUUUAACAUUUUAAAAGGUGCCAUUAUUACCAUGUUUGGACUAAAGUUUGAUUUCAUUGAUUAUGGUAAUUUUUUUUGCCUUUAUUUGGUUGUUACUUUAAAUGUUGAAUUAAUCAUGACCAUAAAAUUGCCAAUGUUAACCUUUUAUUUUAUAUAAUUUGUUAAAGUAUAUAAAUUCACCUGUACUGUUUUCAUACAAUGCAAACAAACAAAUGUAGUUUAUCAUGGCAAUACAUGCUUGAAAAUACACAGUAAGUUAAUAACUGACUUAAAGUAAAUUUGAUACAUAUUGAUGAAUAUUUGGUAAUCCAUUUGCUUAUUACAGUAUAUACUGUACUAUUAAAACAUUGCUUAAAAAAUGCAUACUGGAUCAAAGAUUGUGCCUAAUCGAUAUUAAAAUUUGUUAAAUAAAUUUGUAGUAUAUUUAAAGUUCAUGUGACCUUGAGAGUAUUGUGGCAAGAUCUUUAGACUACUUUAAGUAACGGUAUGCUAUAAAUUUUGUACCAGGAAGUGAAUGGUUUUUGUUUUCAGAAGAAUCUUAAAUCUAAGUUUAACAACUUCCAUUGUAUAUUGUGGCAGAUAGUUGUUCAAACUAAUUAGUAUAUCUUGGGCUGUGCUCGUCAAACUUCUUCCUUCAAUGGGAUAGUUUAUCUUGGUAAGUUCAGGCAUGAGCAAUUCUUAAACAUACAGCAGGCUAAUAACUUGACAAUGUGAUUGGUUUAGGUUUUAGUUUGUUUGCUCAUGCUGCCACCAUUACAUUCCUUAAACACAUAUCAUAUACUGUACUGUACUUCACCAAGUUUGGUUUGUUAAAGCUCCUAUGAUGCAGUUUAGAUAUUACCUGUAUUGAUCAACCCAGGUAGACAACACUGUUGUUGAUUUGUGUUUAGGAAUUUAGUAAGAUAAAGAUCGAAAAGAUCUUUUUCUGAAAAUACUUUGUCUUCAGGUUUGCAAUGUUAUACAUUGCAAACACCCAGUGAGCAUUACAUGUUUACUUGAAAAUAAUGUUAUUAGACAAUCAAGUUCUACAUUUGGUAAUAUGCUUAGAAUGGUAUGUUAAGUAUAUUUUAAAUACAGUAUGUAACAUAUGCUUUCCAAGGUAGUUUGAUAUAAGCUUUCAGGGUAGUUGUUGUGGGAGUUUGUUUUUCUAGUUUGUCAUGGUAGCUUAAAAAAAAUCGUCCUUGCUCUUUUGUUUAAGAUAACUGACUAAAUUUGAACAAGAAUUUAGGUAUGUCUUCAGUAAAAUUGUAAUAAAUCUGUUUUAUUCAAGUGUUUAAAGUAUCUGCUUUUAAAUUGAACUGCAUUUCUUACUUUUAAAGUGCUACAUUUUUAUGGAUAUGUCUAGUCAUUAUGGUUCACUUGUUUUUUGUUUUUUGAAGCCACAUGAACAAUUUAAUAAACUAAAUUAUGA